AGGGUGGCUCGUUUGCGAGAAGCCCCGCGGGUGACGUCGGCUGCAGCGCGACGGCGGUGCGGAAGCGGCGGCCGCGGUUCUCGCGGUUGUCUAGCACGUUUUGUGUGCUGACAAAUCCCAUCCCUUGUUCCCUUGCCUUUUGCCUUCCACGUUUCGGAGGCAAUGCCCAAAGUGAAGAGGAGCAGGAAGCCUCCCCCGGACGGCUGGGAGCUGAUUGAGCCAACACUGGAUGAGCUGGAUCAGAAGAUGAGAGAAGCGGAGACUGAGCCUCAUGAAGGGAAGAGGAAAGUGGAAUCCCUUUGGCCUAUCUUCAGAAUUCAUCACCAGAAAACACGUUACAUCUUUGAUCUCUUCUAUAAAAGAAAGGCUAUCAGUAGAGAGCUCUACGAGUACUGCAUCAAGGAAGGAUAUGCUGACAAAAACCUGAUAGCAAAGUGGAAGAAACAGGGUUAUGAGAACCUCUGCUGCCUGCGGUGUAUCCAGACCCGGGACACCAACUUCGGAACCAACUGCAUCUGCAGGGUCCCCAAAAGCAAGCUGGAAGUGGGGAGAAUCAUUGAGUGCACUCACUGUGGAUGCAGAGGCUGCUCUGGCUGAAGCCUUCAGCUCUAAGACUACUUUAUGAACGCUGAGGGAUCUCAUCAUAGACGAUGGACUAUCAGUGCAGUUACAGCCACCUUCUGUGUGAUUAGGUAUUUCUUAACAGCAAUUAAAACAGCAAUGUCCUCCUCUGGGUCAUGUAUAUAAUGGUGGUUAUUUGGGAGCAGGUUCUUGUGUAGCCAUUUAUUUUGAAAUAAAGUCUGCCCUUCUGAGAGAAU